GUGCUUGUUUCUCCCGCGAGAUCUGGCAACACAUCUCCUCGCUCACCGGAAACCAGGAAGUUUGUCUGUCCAUCACACAAACCGGUGAUGUUGUGUAACCACCACACGUUUUCAGCAUCACCAUGCCUGUAGAGGGUUCAGAGGACCAGAUCCCCUCGUCUCUCUCCAGCCCUGUCAGUGCUGCUCACACCCCAGGAGGGACAGAAGAGGAUGGGGCUAUCGGGGGCUCGGCAGUCUGCUCGUUCCCUGAAAACAACCAGGGCUCCGAGGCUGCUGCAGCUUAUCCUGCAAACACCGGACCUGAUGAGGGCAACAGCAGUAAGAGGUCUGGAGCCUUGCUGCAGAUUGAUCGACAGCGUAUCCAAGCAGCAUCGGCCAGCUCUGGAGCUGAUGAACUCCAGGGUCUUGGGGUGGCUGUGUACGACCAGGAUGUCCUUGAGCAAGGGGUCCUGCAGCAGGUGGACGAGGCCAUCAACGAGGCCAGUCAGGCCGCUGCUAAAGCUGAGGCUGAGAAGGAAUACCAGUCCGUGCUGGACGAUGUCAGGUCGGUUACAUUGUCUCUGAGACAUAUCAACAAGAUCAUCGAUCAGCUCUCUCCGUACGCUGCCUCCAGCAAAGAUAUCAGCAGGAAGGUUGAAUCUGUUAAACGACAGAAAGAAAACAAGGAAAAACAGCUGAAGAAAGUCAGAGCCAAACAGAAGAGACUUCAGGCCAUUCUCGGAGGAGAGGACGCCCAAAGAGUGGAAGCUGAGCUCUUAGCUGAGGAUGAUGAAGAGGAAGAAGCCGGGCCGUCUACACUGGGCAGCAUGCUCAUGCCCUCUCAAGAAACAGAAUGGGAGGAGCUCAUCCGAACAGGUCAUAUGACCCCUUUUGGUACACGUAUCCCGCAGAAGGAAGUUAAAAAAGAGCCACGAAAAGUGAUGCUGGCCGAGAACUCAGCCUUCGACCAGUACUUAACAGACCAGGCCAAGCUGGCUACUGAGCGAAAGAAACCUUUGGUGCAAAAGAAGAGGAAGAGCACAGGACUCAGCCCUGAUAAGGAAGCCAGGGGUAAAACCAAGAAGACUGUCUUGUCUUCCAAGGAUAAGAAAAUGAGAAAGUGCAUGAGGAAGCUUCAGAUAACUGCUCUGAAGGCUCACCCCAAAGCUCGGCCUAAAGCCGAGCCAAAGCCUCCUAAACCGAGGAGGAAACGUAACGCCGACGCCGGGGGUGAGGACACAGACGGUGAGGAGUCAGAGUACCUGCCCAGCGAUGAAGGCAUAGAUCCUGAUCAAGAGGACAGGGAAGCCAGGGAGGAAGGCUUUGGGGAGGAUGAUGAUGAAGAGUAUGAGUUGAAACCAUACAAGAGAAAAACUGAAGGGAAAGGGAGGAAGAAAGUGAAGAAGAAAGAGGAGAGUGAGGAAGAAUACUGCCCUGAAAGUUCAGAAGAAGAAGAAGAGAAUGCGAAGGGGAAAUACAAAAAAUGCAAAGAUGAUGGAGAUCUGGAUUACUACAGGCAGCGGAUAAGAAGGUGGAAGCGACAGCGUCUCAGAGACCGGGAGUCAAAGAGAGAAAGAGGAGAGGAGCUUUCAGAUGACAGUGAUGAAGAAUUUGAUGAAGGCUUCAAAGUGCCAGGUUUCCUGUGGAAAAAACUUUAUAAGUACCAACAGACAGGUGUGCGCUGGAUGUGGGAGCUCCACUGUCAGCAGGCAGGUGGCAUCCUGGGAGACGAGAUGGGCCUGGGUAAAACCAUCCAGGUCAUCAGCUUUCUGGCCGGACUGAGCUACAGCAAACUGAGGACCAGAGGAUCCAACUACAGGUAUGCUGGUCUGGGUCCGACGGUCAUCGUGUGCCCAGCUACAGUCAUGCACCAGUGGGUCAAAGAGUUCCACACCUGGUGGCCUCCUUUCAGAGUCGCUGUUCUGCAUGAAACCGGCUCCUUCACCAGCAACAAGGAAAAGCUUAUACCAGAAGUAGCGGCGUGUCAUGGCAUCCUGAUAACUUCAUAUUCAGCUGUGAGGAAUAUGCAAGACAUGCUGCAGCGCUACGACUGGCACUACGUUAUAUUGGACGAGGGCCACAAGAUCAGGAAUCCAAAUGCUGGAGUCACAACUGCCUGCAAACAGUUUCGGACUCCUCACAGGUUCAUCCUGUCCGGCUCUCCGAUGCAGAACAAUUUGAAGGAGCUGUGGUCUCUGUUUGACUUCAUCUUCCCUGGUAAACUGGGGACGUUGCCCGUCUUCAUGGAGCAAUUCUCUGUGCCCAUCACCAUGGGAGGAUACAGCAAUGCCUCACCUGUACAGGUCCAGACUGCUUUUAAGUGUGCGAGCGUGCUGAGGGACACCAUAAACCCUUACCUGCUCCGAAGAAUGAAAGCAGACGUCAAGGCCAACCUCUCCCUACCUGACAAAAACGAACAGGUUCUGUUUUGCAGAUUAACAGAGGAUCAGCGGCAGGUGUAUCAAGGUUUUCUGGAUUCCAAAGAGGUCUACCAGAUCCUGAACGGGGACAUGCAGGUAUUCUCUGGCCUGAUAGCACUACGUAAGAUCUGUAACCACCCGGACCUUUUCUCUGGAGGACCUCGGAUGUUGAGGGGAAUCCCAGAGGACCAGCUAACUGAGGAGGAGCACUUUGGCUUUUGGAAACGCUCAGGAAAGCUGAUGGUGGUGGAGUCCCUGCUGCGUCUCUGGUUCAAACAGGGACACAGAGUGCUGCUCUUCACUCAGUCCAGACAGAUGUUGAACAUCUUGGAGGUUUUUGUGAGGGAAAAUGACUACUUAUACCUGAAAAUGGACGGCACCACCGCAAUAGCUUCCAGACAGCCGCUCAUCGCUCGCUACAACGAGGAUAAAUCAAUUUUUAUCUUCCUGUUGACCACUAAAGUUGGAGGUCUGGGAGUCAAUCUGACCGGAGCCAACAGAGUCAUCAUCUACGACCCUGACUGGAACCCCAGCACCGACACACAGGCACGUGAGCGAGCAUGGAGGAUCGGUCAGACGCAGCAAGUGACGAUCUACAGACUUCUGACGGCGGGGACCAUUGAGGAGAAAAUCUAUCACAGGCAAAUCUUUAAACAGUUUCUGACCAAUCGGGUUCUGAAGGACCCCAAACAAAGACGUUUUUUCAAGUCUAACGAUAUCUACGAGCUCUUCACCUUGACUGACCCUGAUGGAGCUCAAGGAACUGAGACCAGUGCAAUUUUUGCAGGUACAGGCUCUGAUGUCAAAGCACCCAAGAAACCUGAGAGGCCGAAGCCUUCCUAUUCUGUAAAAAAUGGCAAUGCACAUAAACAGUCCUCUGCAAACCAGAAUGAACCUGGAUCAGAUAGAAGACACUCCUCUGCAAACAUUCCUGCAUUUAAAGAUGCAAACAUUUCUCCAUGCAGUAAAAACUCUCAGGGUAAACCCAACGUCCCAACAGACGGCCAAAGCACCAACCAAAACGGUGUUAAUGUAGAGCCAAGUAUGUCAUCGGACACGCACCACACAGGACAGAACACCUGGGACAAAAAGUCAAACACAUCCAGCUCUCCUCUGCACAGAGACAAAGACUCUGCUCUGACCAGCCCACAGAAACACAGAGAGAAGAGGAAGCACUGCGACUCCUCUGACUCUGACAAACACAAACAUAAGAAGCGCAGACACUCCAAAGGUGCUCGGUUUGAAGGUCACCGCAUCUCUCACUUAGUGAAGAAAAAGACGUUUAAUAAAGAAGAGAGUGAGGACAACGAGGCAGGGGGCCAGAAGAAAUCAGACGACUAUGUUUUGGCAAAGCUCUUCAGGAAAUCUGGUAUCCAUAGUGUGAUGCAGCAUGACACCAUCAUUGAGUCCUCCAACCCUGACUAUGUUCUUGUGGAGGCAGAAGCAAACAGGGUGGCCAAAGAUGCCCUGAAAGCCCUUAAAGUUUCUCGCCAGAAGUGCAGACUGCCCUACAAUAGACCCCCUCCUCCUCCACCUGCAAGGAAAAGGUUUGGACAAAAGAAGAAUUCUCUCCUGGUUGAUAAUGCUGUUAAAUCAACAGCUACGCCAAGCAAAUGCAAGGAUGCUGCUAUUGUAAAGAAGUCUGUAUCAAAGAAACCCGGUUCAGCUGCUCAUUUCAGCGGCGAGGCUGCAGAAACCAACACAAACUCCGCCCCGCUCUCCUCCUCCUCCCUGCUGGCCAAGAUGAAAGUCCGUAACCACAUCAGCCUGCCCUCCAGCCAAAUAGAAGAAGCAGCAGAAGAAGAGGAGGAGGAGGAUGGCUCUAGAGCUGCAGGGCCGAGCUCCCCGGCUCCGCCCACCGAGCACGACGAGCUGCUGGUGGAUCUGCGUAACUUUGUUGCCUUCCAGGCGGUCGUUGACGGACAGGCCUCCACGCAGGAGGUGCUGGAGUACUUCAAACCGAGGCUCACCAAGGAACAGGCGCCGGUCUUCAGAGAGCUGCUCAGGAGAAUUUGUGACUUCCACAGGACUUCUGGUCAGGAGGGGAUGUGGAAGCUGAAGGAGGGUUUCCGUUGAGUGAAGCAUAAAGGAGGAAAAACUGAACUGUGAUGCACAUUUGAGUACUUACGAGUCUGUCGAGAUCAAUGCAAUGAUAGCUUGUUAUUCAUUUUUUGUUACCGUUUAUUUUUGUCUGACAAAAAUACAUCAGCUACUGCUCAUCAAAACACACUUUCACAUCAUCCCUGUCUGUUCUGGAAGGAUCUUACAAUGCUUUUUACAGUGCCAUGCAAACUACAAUAAUCGUUGGUUAUCUUGAAGAGAAAGCUGCAUCGUUCACUUGUUUAUUGUGCGGGCUGGUUUGGGUUCUCCACUGUUAAAGCAUUAUAAUUUCUGCUCUUUAUUUGCACCUGAUUAUACUUGAAUUCACUUGUUUUGUAUUUGCCAGAGAGUUGAACUGUGCUACGUUUAGUAAUGAUUUAAACUGACAUGUGUUGCUUUUAUAAAUGUGUACCUAAACAACCUCAGACUUUGUAAUUCACUUCUUCUAACUGUGGUGGUGAGCAUUGUAUCAUUUUGUAAGUAUGACUGAAUUACCACAGGCUGUAGUGGACUUUGAACUUCUUUAAUGGUUUGUUCAAAUAUAGCGGAGUAGAUGGUUGUUUACAGUCUUUUUUGAAACCUCUACCUCUGCUUAUUUGUGGUAAAAUGGACUAAAGCUGAGUUAUUCAGCAAAUAAAAAAUAAACAUCUUCUGAUGCUGUCUUGCAUAUACUGAAUGCAAUAAACCUUUGUAACUGUG